GCCGUGCGAGCGGCGCGCGCAAUAAAGCAGAGCGCGCUGCGGCUCGCACAUGCGUUGCGGAGAGUGGAGGUGUGUCUUCAAGCUGAGAGGCCACCCACCCCACCUUGGUGGUUCCUCCAGAAGUUGAACAGCCUGGCCACCCCUCGGCAGUUCCUCCAGGAGUCCAGCCGCUCCUUCAGCCCUCCCGCUCCGGUGGCCCCCCGCCUGGAGCAGCCAUGGCGGGGCGGGGCGACCGCUACUACACGUACACGGAGCUCCUGGCCAUCGCGCGGCGCUUCCGGCAGAACCCCAACGAGCUCAUGAUCAGCUGGAUCCUUCGGGUGUAUGACCAGGGCGGCCAGGCCCUGUCCCUGAAUUCCGGGGAGCUGGCCCUGCUGGGCGACCUGACCGGCGACGCCGUCUUCAACUACCGCUGCAAGACCCUGCGGGGCGACUGCAAGACGUUACUGGCCUGGCUGCUGCUGGCCUGGCGCCAGCGCUGGGAGUCCUUCCUGCACUUCGAGGCCACCGAGCUGCCCUUCCGGCCCUGGACCACCAUGGAGGAGGGCAUCCAGCUGGUACGCGAGCUGGGCAUGCUCGACUGGAUCUACCGCGAGCCGCCGCUCCCCGAGCCUGCCCAGCUGGCCCUGGAGGACCUGCCCUUCACGCAGGGCCUGCAGCGGCGCCUGCUGACAGCCGCGCCCUCCGAGCUGCGGCUCUCACUGGUCAGCCUGCUGGUCAAGGGCAUGACGGUGCUGGAGGCGGUGAUGGAGAUCCAGACCAUUGCCGACGUGGGCCUGCUCUGGCGCCAGAGCCAGCCGGGCCGCGCCAAGCUCAUGCUGGGGCCAAACCCCACACGCAAGGACCUCAUGGGCUGGCUGCUGAGCCACGGCGUGCCCAAGGAGCGGGUGGACAAGCAGCCCACCAAGGUCCUCCUGGAGCUGUACAUCAAGGAGGCCAAGCGCAGCCGCGGCCACGCCCCCUGCGGGCUGGGGGACGAGCAGCCCCCGCCUCCCCCGUACUCCGACCAGGCCUGCGGGGAGGAGCCACCAGUGCGCCAGGAGUACGUGCCCCCCAUCAUCAGGUAGGGGAGACGUUGGCCAGCGUGUCCAAGGAAUCCCAAAGAUGGGUGAUGUCCGUGCCCGCGGCCACCUGUGGGCAUCACCGGCCGCUGCUGGUGGAAAACAGGCGGCUGGCUGGCUCUUGGCAGCUGCUGCAGGAUGCAGGGAGAGAGUCUGUUACAUUUCCAGUCUGUUACACUUUAGCCCGAUGGGCAUGGUGGGGUUGGUGCGCCUUCCGCCCCCACUGCUCUGCCACACGGCCCCCCCAAUCCCCCAGGCACUACAGGCCAAGUGGGAGACCCCGCCGCCCACACCAUGAAAGCACUUUGAAGUUUGUACCCGUUUUCUUAAGGUUGUUUUUUUGUUUGUUUUUUUUUAAUGCAAUAUUUUUUUUUACUCUGUGAUCUUUAGCAGACAACACUUGUUUUUUAGCGGUGCUCGUUUCCCCCUUUGUGAAGGAUUGUCUCUUAAAGACUUUUUUUUCUUCUCCUGCAAUGCUUUUCUCUUAAAAUGGAAUUUUUGCCUGCGAAGGGGAUGGCCUGCCCCUUCCUUUUUGUCCAGCUGCGUGUGUGGCUGGAGGGUCUGUCACCGCCGGUUGAGGGGCACUGCGGCCAAGAAUCCCAGUUUUGUGAGGAUGGACAGCCCCAGCAGGUGGUACCACGCAUCCAUUAAAAAAAAACAAAACAAAA